AUGAAAAUUGUGAGUGUUGCAUUUUUGCUGCGAUAAAAUGAGUAUUUUUACCCUUUUUGAAUGGUAAAAGCGACCAGUGCUCGUGCAGUUUCGUUAAUAGCACAAAGGGCGCGGUGGUGGUAACAUUGGUUGAGCGAAACCAGUGUCGGCCGGCGGUGCGCUAUCGAUGUAAAAUCUGUUGUUUUUGUUACGGUCGCGACGAAGUAUGUGCAUUGACCGAAAGAAUGCUGGUACGGUCCGGUAUUGAGUCGAGCAGCCAGCGCGAGCAGCAGGACUGUGCUACGAUGUCGCCCCUGUGGACGGCACGCUAUGACUAUCAGGCGCGGGGCGACGACGAACUGUCGCUUCGGGUGGGCCAAAUCGUGUACGUACUGUCCACCGACAGCAGCAUCUCCGGUGACGAGGGCUGGUGGACGGGCAAGAUCGGUGACCGGGUGGGCAUCUUUCCGUCGAACUUCGUCACGAACGAAGACCCGGCGGUGCUGAAGGAGCAGCCGGACGAGAUACAGUACCGCGAGCUCAAGCUGCUGGAGGUGAUCGGGGUGGGGGGCUUUAGCAAGGUCCAUCGUGCCUUUCUGAACAGUGAGGAGGUUGCGGUCAAGGCGACACGGCAGGAUGACGAUUUCGAGGUGGUCCGCGAGAGCGUCCUGCAGGAGGCGAAGCUGUUCUGGUCGCUGAAGCACCCGAACAUCGUGGCGCUCAAGGGCGUCUGUCUGGAUCCGCAAAUGCUCUGCCUGGUGAUGGAGUACGCGCGCGGGGGUUCGCUGAACAAGCUGCUGGCCGGUAGAAAGAUCCCACCCGACGUGCUGGUGGACUGGGCCAUCCAAAUAGCCCGCGGCAUGAAGUAUCUGCACUGCGAAGCUCCCAUCUCCGUGCUCCAUCGCGAUUUAAAGAGUUCGAACAUUCUAAUUAGCGAAUCGGUUCAACAAGGCAAUCUGCUCAAUAAAACACUCAAAAUAACCGAUUUCGGGCUGGCCCGAGAAGCUUACCGCACUACUCGAAUGUCCGCUGCCGGAACCUUCGCCUGGAUGCCACCGGAAGUGAUCAAAUCAGGGACCUACUCCAAAGCAUCCGAUGUCUGGAGUUAUGGCGUUUUGCUGUGGGAAUUGCUCACCGGGGAAGUACCGUACAAAGGUUUCGAUUCGCUAUCCGUGGCGUACGGUGUGGCUGUCAAUUCGCUUCGCUUACCUAUUCCAAAAACCUGCCCAGAAUCGUGGGGAAAGCUGAUGAAGUCAUGCUGGGAGAUCGAUCCACACCGGAGGCCUUCGUUCAGGGAGAUAGAAAAGGAUCUCGACAUAAUCGCGCGGUCCGGGUUUGCUCAGACGCCGCACGAAUCAUUCCACACCAUGCAGGACGGCUGGAAGAAGGAAAUUGCCGAGGUGUUACAAGAGCUGCGUAAAAAAGAGAAGGAACUACGCAGCCGGGAGGAGGAGGUGACGCGCGUACAGCAAGCGCAACGAUACCGUGAGGAAGAUCUGGCCAAACGCGAACAGGAGCUGCAUGCCCGCGAAAUCGAGCUGCUCGGGCGGGAACUGACGAUCCUGAUCAAUCAAAAUACUCCUACACCGAAGAAGCGCAAGGGAAAGUUCAGCAAGAGCAGAAUAAAGCUGAUUAAAAAAGCGCCUGGACAAAUUUCGCUGCCAUUGGACUUUCGCCAUACCAUAACGAUACAGCACACGCCGGUCCGCGACGAGAGCCGUCAACGGUUCGACUCUCCACCCGGGUCCCCCGCUACACGGCUUCUAGUGUUUCCGGCCGAUGGUAUCAAGGGUAAGACCUGGGGACCGUCGACGCUGCACCAGCGGGAAAGGAGUCACUUGCCUACGAUGCGACCGAGCGUUCGACCGCAGCAACAGUUCAGCAAGAGUGCCCCCAAUCUGGACAAGUCCCGUGCGAUGGCGAUGUCCGCCAGCUCGUCGCGGCACGAAAUCCUAGAUUACGAUACCGACGAAGCGUGGUACGCCACGGCGGCCAAUUUGGGUGCCGGACCGUGUACGGACAUGUCGACACUCAGUGCCACACCGCUGUGCUCUAGUCUGAACCGUUUCGGCACGCUGCCGAGCACGGUCCCAAUGCCGACGCUGUACGCUUCCGAGGGCCACCGUAAGCCCAAACCGUCGAUCAUCGAGCUGGUGCUGUACAAUAUGGCCUCGAUGCUGGCGAGCGUUGCCUCCGGGUACGAUGUGCGGGUAUCGAACGUUAGUCCGCUGCAUCCGAAGCUGCAUCCCGGGCCGAUGCACGAGAGCACCGGGUACUCCCAACCCGUCAGUCCCUACCACCACCAGCAGCAGCAGCAACUGCUGCCGGCGUUACAUCCGUUGGAACCGCCCCUGCACCAUCUAGAGCCGGUGCCGUUCAGUUCGCUGCCAGUUGCGCACCCCGCGGACGGUACGGUGGGUCAGGAGUUGUACGAGGAAGAGUCGGCGCAGGUGCAGGAUGAACGAAUGUAUGCGCAUAGUGCCACCCCGUACCAUGAGGUGGUAAGCCGACAGCAGAUAAGAAAGAUGCACGCUCUACCGACAAGCCCCCGGCAGGACGAGCGAGCGCUCAAGUAUACGGACUCGCCGCAACACUACCUACCGUCGACCAUGUCAACGACCAGUGGCCUCGGUUCGAACUACACCCCGUCGGGGCCAAGCUCUUCCUUUAGUGUCGGAGCGGGUACGCAACCCCCAACGCCAUCGCCAAGGCGAAAGUCGAGCGCUACAUCGUUCAUGGACUACGGCGAUCUGCCGGAGGAGCGCGAGUGUAGAGCGGGCCUUUACAUUCCGGGCGAGUACGAUGGAUACGCGCAUCAUAAUCCUAUAUUUAACACGGGUGCUAGGGCGACGGGAAGUUACUUGGGAUCCCACUACUUCCCUUACCGGCCGGAGAUUAACUUUGCGUUCGAGCGGGAAACCAAAUCGUACGGUGGUGAGCCGGUGUACGAGGACCAUCAUUACGACAGUGCGUCAUACCACGAUUACGCCUACGAAGGCCCGAGCGGCCCAGGGAGCAGUGGUCGAACGUCGACGGUGACGCGUGUUCCAGCGAUGGGCAUAAGUGCUACCGGGCAUCGAAGAACACACUCCAGCGCGUCCGGAACCAUGCACUCCGGUAGCAACAUCAAUCAAGGGUUUCACAUGGAAGGGGACGAUGGUAUCGGGCCGACAUCGCGGCUGCUGGACGACACGACGUAUCAGUUGGCGGAUCUUUAUCUUUCCGGCACGGGCGGUGGAGGUGACACGAGCGGUCGGCCACAGUCCUCGGGCACCACGAAAAUACUCGAUGGUCCGGGCUUCCAGGCGACGAGCCGUAUGCAUCAGUACGAGAACGUACCGAACUUUUUCCGGAGGCAGUUGAGCCUGCAGGCACAUUAUCCAUCGUCCCACGGUGGCCAGGGUGCGCAUCUGUCCAGUGAGUUCAUCACUGGCAUGGAACAGGAACCGGAGCGACCGUAUACGGUGCUGGGCCUGGAGCACGGCGGUGAAGGAGGCGCACUGUCGAGACCGCAAACGAAGCUGCGCUCGAGCCUGAAGAAGUACGUCCAGCAGGGUGCAGUUUUGGUGGCUUCCGGUGCGCAUAGUAAGUACGUCGGGGCGAACGAUGGAGGAGGUGCUAGUUCGUUAAGCUAUGGCCGAACGCACAGCGCACCGAAUGCAACGAAUCCUACGCCACCCGACAGUCUUACCAGCGACGACAGUUCCUACCUUAGCGCGAAGGACAACUCGUCGUCGAUAUCGUCGCAAAGCCGGGUACGGUUCACGCCCGAGAUUAUACUCGAUGUCGACUCACCGCUACAGGGGCCGACCGGGAUGGCCGGCGUGGCAGCGGCCUCGUGCGUUAACUCCAAGGACCGGCGCAGCUCGUCGUCCGGCAGUACCAUGCUUACGGCAACGCCCGGUUCCGGCACCUCCUCGACUUCGAUCUCGCGCCGUUCGAACGCGUGCGAUACGGGGCAGUCCUAGCAGUACGUGAAAACCUACAUGGUCUAGGGGGUGGCGCGAUGGCGAGCCAUCGCAACCCCUCUACCCGCUGGUGUUGCUGAGCUUUUCCUAAAGCUAAAAUGCAUUCCACUUCAAACGGCGCAUUCGGUUGGAAGUUGUUUUUUAGGACCUUCGGCUUUCGAAAACGUUCGAUAUCGCGAAUCGUUUGGGCAUUUUACUAUCAGCAAUUUUCAUUCCAACCUUCAACAUUCCAAUGAAGCAAUUUAAACAUUCCAAGAAUCAUUUGUAAACGUAAGCCCGACGGUCCUUUUGUAAUCGGAUCAGAGCAUCUGAUAGAUACCUUUCAUUCCCUCGAAACGCUACUUCCGCGAAGCGACAAAAGGAACCAUGCGUAGCGUCAUUCACUGUAGGGUUACCCAUGAAAUUGGCUGUGAUAACAAUAAUAAUUUGUACGAUAUAAGUUUUCUCUUCUUUCCCCAAUCAAAAACAAACACGUCGUAUGAAAGACAAAUGGUAAACUCAUUGUUUGGCCCAAGAUUUGGCCCAAGGUUUGAUGUGUGCAAUCCAUCGGUUUGCUUGUGUGUUUGGAUGGAUUUUAUCGUUUGUCCAAUAUUAACUUUUUCCUCCAAUCUUACGACUCAACAGUAAAGAGAUCAGAAUAAGAGCAGUUGAUUUUUGAUUUAUUUUCUUAUCCUAUAUUUUAUUUGUAGUUUAAGAUGAAAUGAGUGGAGCUAGUGAGGUUUUAAUACUUUGCACAAAUAUGUAUCGUAAAUAGUAUCGUUAUACGCCUAGUUAAAAAGGAAACAAACAUUCCCUUUGUGAAUACUCGAAUUUGGACGUGAAUACGGAACGUGUAUCGGUCAUAAGCUUGUCAACUGGAAUUUAUAUAGCAGUAUAAAAAAAAGUUUAUGGCAAAAUAAUGCCAUCAUUUGAACAAAUCCUGUCUCAAAAAUCACACGUUAUUGAAGCACAGUAUCUAAACACCACAAGCAUAGGGAAGUUCACAAUACACCUUAAACUCAUAUUAGCCGAGCUAUUGCCCAUUGAACUUACACUGGAGUUGCCAACUGGUUUCGUUUAUGUAACAUUGCAGUUUGUUUCACUUCUUGGCUAGUUACAAGCAAAACACAAUAAAAGCAAAAAUCAGCACCAAGGAAAACAAAUACAAUUUAAACCUAUAGCGAAUCACACGUUUGCUGCUAGGGGCUUUGCACGAAUAGUGCGCAAAUUUUCAUAACGGAAUUGUUGUCAAAGAAUUGCAAACAACAUUAUAGACAAAACACUAAAUAAAAUAUGUUACAACACAGUUUAGUAAAAAGAGUGAAAAUUCUUCAAAACACCGAGCGCAAGCAAUAAAAGACAGAAAACAAUGGCCAAGAACUGCCUGUGCAAAAAAAAAGCGAUGCCGACUUACGAUGCAUUUACGUGAAUGACCAAAAGGAAGCACAUCAAAAGAAUGAAAUUAGGAUCCCCUGGGGAAAAAGAAAUAACAGUCUAGUCUAGCGGUGCGCUGCUGCCCUUCGAGUGGGCCACGGGUUUCGUGUGUGCGUGUCUUUUUUUUUGCGUGUAAAUAAUCGUAGGAAUUGUAAACUCAAAUCUAUAUUAUAUACAAAGGAAAGGAAACGAGAAAGGAGUAAAUCAAUAACAAAGUGCUUUGGAAAAGAAACUUCAGUAUUUAUCUACACAAUUUACUCACUAUCUGUAAGCUGUGUUUGUAAACUAAUCUGCCUAACGUGCUCUCGAUUGGCGAGUGGAGUCGCCUCCAAACGGCGUGGUGUUGAGUAAAAUUGGAAAAUCUAUCACCCACUUCAAACGGCCAGUGAAUGUGA